UUGGCAUGGGGAAGACCAAGAGGAACCUGCUCGCGUUGAGGCGAAGGACGCGCUGCUCAGUGCCCAGCUCUGCGCUCCAGUGGCUGCUGGUGCCGCCCCCCGCCAGGCUGCUCUCUCGGGGCUGGGAGCGAGGGAAGAGGCGGAAUAAGGGGAAGCUGCCGGUGCUUGUCACCUGCUGAGCCAGGCUGCGGGGGGCAGGGCCGGCGGCCUGCCUCCAUGCGCAGGCCAUGGGGAGGGGUGGCUGCGGCUUGCCUCGCCUGUGCGUGCGGUGGGCAGCGCUGCUACUAGCGCUCUGGCCCUGCUGCGCCCACGGGAACUGGAUGUGGCUGGGCAUCGCCUCCUUCGGGGUGCCGGAGAAGCUGGGCUGCGCCGGGCUGCCGCUGGGCGGCCGCCAGAAGGAGCUGUGCAAGAGGAAGCCCCACCUGCUGCCCAGCAUCCGCGAGGGCGCGCGGCUGGGCAUCCAGGAGUGCCGGAGCCAGUUCAGGCACGAGCGCUGGAACUGCCUCCUCCUGCCGCCCGGCUCGCCCGCCGCCGCCUUCUCCGUCUUCGGCGCCGAGCUGAGCAGCGGCACCAAGGAAUCAGCCUUUAUUUAUGCAGUGAUGGCGGCAGGCCUGGUACAUUCAGUGACUCGAUCAUGCAGUGCAGGAAAUAUGACCGAGUGCUCCUGUGAUACAAACCUGCAGAAUGGUGGCUCAGCCACCGAAGGCUGGCACUGGGGUGGCUGCUCUGAUGACAUCCAUUAUGGAAUGUGGUUUAGCAGAAAGUUUUUAGAUGGUCCUGUUAAGAACAUUACUGGAAAAGAGGGGAAUGGAUUGAUCACAAUGAACCAGCACAAUAACGAGGCUGGAAGGCAGGCAGUAGCAAAACUGCUGUCAGUGGAUUGUCGUUGUCAUGGUGUUUCCGGAUCUUGUGCCGUGAAAACUUGUUGGAAAACUAUGUCUUCAUUUGAAAAGAUUGGCCAGUAUUUAAAGGAUAAAUAUGAAAACAGUAUACAGAUAUCUGACAAACUGAAGAAAAAACUACGCAGGAAAGAAAAAACACAACAGAAAAUACCAAUCCGCAAGGAAGAUCUUCUCUACAUAAACAAGUCACCCAACUAUUGUGUGGAGGAUCCCAGACUAGGGAUUCCUGGGACACAGGGAAGAGAAUGCAACCGCACGUCAGAGGGCCCAGAUGGCUGCAAUCUCCUCUGCUGUGGUCGCGGUUACAACACUCACGUAGUCAGGCAUGUGGAGAGGUGCGAAUGCAAGUUUGUCUGGUGCUGUUACGUCCGCUGCAGAAGGUGUGAGAGCAUGACUGAUGUUCAUACCUGCAAAUGAGAGAAUCUGUCUCAGAAAAGAAAACAACUCCUCCUCGUCUAACAGGACUCAUUCCUUCUCUGUUAGAAUAACAAGAGGAUCUGCCUUCAUAACAGAUGUCCCAGAAUGCUUUGGUUUCCAACUGAAAGAGCAACUCACGACAAUAAUCACCUGCAUGUAAUGAUUGAGUGACAAUAAAAAAGGCCAAGCCUUCUGAGGAGCCCAAAUGGAUAGGUGGCAUAUUUGAAUAUUAACACCACAGCUACUAUGGAGUAUUAAACUUUUCAUCAGCAACGGCCAUAACAUGAUGAUCAAGAAUUGCCUUAAAGUUGUCAAUGAGCACAAUAGAAAAAAGUCAAAAAGAGAUGUUGGCUUUUAGUGGCCAAAAGGAUACUGGACACGGAAGAAGUAUCAUGCAGUUCUCACUUCCCUCUGUUAAUAGUGGGAACCAUUCAGUGACUCGACUUACCCAUGUACAGCUUCUUCCUGCACACUGCGGAAAGAAAUGAGGAUGCAAAGCUCCACUGUUGAACGUGCGGUGGUUGAUUAGCUACUGUACAGGGGGCAGUGUAAAUGUGUCAGUGCUCAGCACUGUGGGCUGAGUACUGGGGAGGGAGAGGAUAUUGGGUAGGUUUGAAGUGGAGCUGGGACAUGGCAAGACCAUCAGUGCUGCAGUUUGAAUGCACAUAAUGUGCCCAGUAGCAGCCAUUUUUAGUAUUUUCACAAACCCAUCACUCAAAUGUGCUUAGAAUAACUAAAGGGGCGGGGCAGCUGUGUAGGACGCAAGUAUGAAGGAAACAGACUUUGCUACAGUCAGCUCCACCAGAUCUCAUACAUGUGUGUGGCACAGUAUUCUUGCCAGCCCACUAUCUUUAGACCAGGUGCCUUCCGCUUACUGUACUGUUGGAUCAUGAGUCACCCUGUUCAUCUGUUCUGGUCGUGGCAUCUAGCUCAGGUUUUCUUAAACCUCAGCCACAUCACUUGCAGGAUCAAACCAAAAGUUUAUCAUAAAGGGAAAUAAAUGUCAGAAAUGGAAUAUUCCCAUCUGCCUUUAGAACAUAAGUAUGGCCAUAUUGGGUCAGACCACUUAGCCCAGUAUCAUGGCCGCCAGAUGCUUCAGAGAGAAUGAACAGAAUAGGGCAAGUUAUUGAGUGAUCCAUUCCCUGUCGUCCAGUCCUGGCUUCUGGCAGUCAGAGGUUUUGGGACCUCACAACAUGAAUUUGCAUCACUGACCUGCCUAGCAACUAGCUGUUGAUAGACUUAUCCACCAUGAAUAUCUUUGCAGAUACAGUAGAUCACACCUCAGCCAGUGUUGCUUUUAAAACAAGAUCAAAUGCAUGAUGUACUUGAUAGAGUGCCUCACACCAUUAAAACACCUAAAACCACUGGUAUUAUUUAUUUUUCCAUUUUUGGCUCACUGUUAUUUACAUCUCUGAAAGGAAGGGAACCAGUCAGGAAUUAGGCACUACCCAGGCACAGCUUGUUCCUGCACGUUGCUGAAAAAUGUGAUUCCGGAGCUCUAAUUUUGAACAUGCAGUGUUUGCUGGCAGAGAGACAUCCAUGUAUUGUAUGAAAUGUCUAGUGCUCAUUGUUUUUGUGUAUGUAAUUGUGUGUUAAAUACUGCUUUAAAAGAUUUGUGUGAAAGGGUUUUGGUUGCUGAAAUAUACAAAGAUAUAUUUUUGAUAAAAUUUAUAUUUUGUGAAUGUUUAAAUUAUGCACAUUCUAGAAAAGGCUUUAAAGGCAUGUGCAUUAAGUUCCAUGAACUAACAUAAGAUUACAUUGUUUGACAUUUGCUGGUUAGAUCUCUGUUACUCUUGCAGUAGCUUUUAACUGACUUUUGUUUGCUUGUGUAAGAGGGAAGACACGUAUUUGAACUGUUACAUAAAUGACGUAUUUCUCACAAACAGGGCACCAUUACAGCUACAAUACUCCGAUUAUGACACACUAAGAAUUAAAUUUUCUAGUGAUCAAUUGAUUUUUAUUCUCUACAAUUUCCUUUUUCCUCUUUUACAGCUUAUUUGCAGAGUGAAAUCCUGGCCUUGUUGAAGUGAAUAGCAAAACUCCCAUUAACAUCAGUAAGGCUGGGAUUUCACCUUUGUAAUAUAUCAUCUGUACUUUUUAAAAACAAACUAGCAUAGAGAUGUUGGUUGGGAAUUUCAGAGUUAAUUGGGGCUGGGGUUCCUAAUUCUCAUGAGUUUUAAUUAUAUUUCUCAUUUAAUUGGGUAUCAAGGUCUCUUAUCCAGAUUUGAAAAUCUCAGCCUUUACUCUCACUUGUUUGAGGAAAACCUAGAGAACAAAACAAACACUUCCAUUUGUUUCAUACUUGUCUUGUUGUUUUCUUGUGGGUGAUGACCUGGAUUUGUUUUCAUAUUUUCAGUUAGAAUUUACUGACUUCAGGGCUACUCAAGAAAGAUUCCAGCUGGAUGAAAUUCACCACAGAUGCAGCGUCAGCACGAGGCCUAAAUCUGUUUUUCAGGCUAAAGUGUGAUAAACAUGGUUUAGAUGAUGUCAGUGGCCCUACCUUGUUU